CAUCUAUUUCUCUUUUGCUGAAGAGUGAAGAAGUUGUGGAAUCAUCGAUUUCUCAAGCUUCUUCGUUUCAAAAAGCAUUCCUUUUUGGUGUUUCUGCUUCAGAAGAUUCUUGACGAUCUCUCUCCUAUUGAAAGGAGCUUGCUUUCUUCAGUGUGACAGUUGAGCCAAACAUUUAGAUUGGUUCAGUUUGAAAGAUGGGUUAUAUGUGUGAUUUCUGUGAUGAACAAAGAUCAAUGGUGUAUUGUCGGUCUGAUGCAGCAUGUUUGUGUCUCUCGUGUGACCGAAAUGUUCAUUCUGCUAAUGCUUUAUCUAAACGUCAUUCGCGGACUUUGGUAUGUGAGAGGUGUAAUGCACAGCCAGCUUCUGUUCGGUGUAGUGAUGAGAGGGUUUCUUUAUGUCAAAACUGUGAUUGGUUAGGCCAUGAUGGCAAGAAUUCUACUUCUACUACUACUUCACAUCGUAAAAGGCAAACCAUCAAUUGUUAUUCUGGUUGUCCCUCGAGUGCCGAAUUAUCCUCCAUAUGGUCUUUCUUUAUGGAUUUGAAUAUCUCUUCUGCUGGAGAAUCUGCUUGUGAACAAGGAAUGGGUUUGAUGACUAUAGAUGAAGAUAGCACAGGAGAAAAAUCAGGUGUCCUAAAUGUUAAUGUAGAUCAGCCUGAAACCAGUUCGGCUGCACAAGGUAUGGAUCACUCUAGUGUUCCAGAAAAUUCAUCAUUGGCUAAGGAGCUUGGAGUAUGCGAGGAUGACUUUAAUGGAAAUCUCAUUACAGAUGAAGUAGACUUGGCUCUUGAAAACUAUGAAGAACUCUUUGGUUCAGCCUUCAACUCAUCAAGAUAUCUCUUCGAACACGGAGGAAUUGGAAGUCUUUUCGAGAAAGAUGAAGCUCCUGAGGACUCAACCCAAGGAAACGCAAUGCAGCAGCCAGCCGUAAGCAAUAAUGCAUCUGCAGAUUCGUUCAUGACUUGUAGAACGGAGCCAAUAAUUUGCUAUUCAUCAAAGCCAACUCAUUCGAAUAUAUCCUUCUCUGGCAUCACGGGAGAAAGUAAUGCUGGAGAUUUCCAAGAUUGUGGGGCAUCAUCGAUGAAGCAGCUUUUAAGGGAGCCACAACCAUGGUGCCAUCCAACAGCACAGGACAUUAUUGCUUCCGCACAUGCAACAACACGUAACAAUGCUGUUAUGCGCUACAAGGAAAAGAAGAAGGCUCGCAAGUUUGACAAGCGAGUGAGGUAUGUCUCUAGGAAAGAAAGGGCUGAUGUGAGACGGCGUGUGAAAGGACGGUUUGUCAAGUCCGGUGAAGCUUAUGAUUACGACCCGAUGAGCCCAACAAGAAGCUACUGAGGAUAAGACCCCAAAACAAUGAAGAAUCACAAAGUGGAGAUAUCAGACAGAUGCAACUAAUUGGCAGCAGUGGAUCUGGAGGCCAUUAUUGGUUGAUUAGGAACACUGAGUUCUCCGCCUCAAAAGCUUAAUGGUAAGGCCCAUGCUUCUACUGCCUCAUUUUGCAUAAAGUUUGUUAUCUUCU